GACUGGAGUGCUCCUCCAUCCACAAAUGCGACAGGCCAUCUGAUUUUUAACAAUGUCAACGCUCUGUUGCAGCGAUGGCCGAACACGUAUUGGAGGAAUGGUCAUACCAUUAUGCCUGCCACAAUCCCCGCAGGGACAAUUCUAUACCACGGCCGGAGCGAUAACCAGAUCCCUACACUCCCCGAAUGGCUCGCAUUCGACUUUGAGCAUGCGUACUUGUUCUGUCGAGGGGAAUGCUGGCUUCUGUCCGUUGUCACCACGCGCGACCUCCGUUUGGUGUAUUUCGAUGGUUCCAGCGCUGCGAAGACGCGAACGGGUUCAAUGGACUCUCAAGACAUCUUUAUAUGGGGAUAUGUGCGCGAGGAAAAAAUAUUCUCGGAGCGCGAGAGGAUAAUCGAGCUGUGUCAAUGGGGGAAACAGCAUGGCAUCGACGGUUUCGUCAGGAUGGAAAUGCAUUUCGAAACGAUGCUGUGCGACUUUACAGCCGGACUCGAGGUUGUCUCGUUCCUCAAUCUUAUUCCUAUAGCGGCUGGGGAUGACCCUAGACACUCGCCCCCGACACAUGAUCCUCCAGCGGGUUGGAAGGGAAAGUUGCCUGCCAUAGCUUCCAGCAUGUUCGAGGUCGUCCACGCUGGUUCUUGGCACGAUCGUGCUCCGGGCGAGACUCGCGUCCAUCUUGACUACUCUGGACUGGUCACUUUCUAUGACACCUCCCUUUCCAGCUUAGUAGAGGCUCGUCGCGGCCAGACGCGAUCCCAGCAUCGUCUCAUCAAUAUCUCUACCAGCGAUUCGGCACGCGUGCGAGACAGGAUCGAAGAGGUAUUCACGCGGAAAGACUCUGAUACGCGAAGCGGCGUUGACUGGGCUAGCGUGACGAGGGUGAUCGUUGAGCGUUAUGGAGAACGUUUAGAGCUCUUGAAGUACAUUCUGGAACCGACGAGCUUUUCAAACGUCACCGAGCGAGCAGAGCUCUUCCGCGCUCAAUUGCUGAUCAUGCUGAACCCAUACAUGGUCAUCCAAGCCGUGCCAAAGCCGGAUGCCCAUUCUUCGGACACGACAUGGAUGGCUCCCGUCGUACACUACUGCUCCACGACGCAGACGCUGCACAUCCGACGUGACACUUUGACUUCGCAAGAGUUGACUAUCUUGGGCGCUGUGGAGGAGACUUUGCAUGAGAUCUGCAGGGCUCUGAGUAUGAUGUGGGUCGACGCGUUUGACAUCGAGUCAGCUGGUGACGACAGGUUAUCCGAGUUGGUGAACGGAUGGAAGCAUCAAGUGGAGGGCCUCAUGCUCUGGCUCGACUGGUCGAUCUGGAUCCGAUGUGAUCCCGAGUGUGGGCCGGAGAGCAUGUGCCACAUUCCUACGUGGCCAUUC